UCCGCCUGCCGCUCCAUCCGUCGGCUGCGGCCGCUCCGUCACCGCUCUAAUUUUUUGUUUUUUGUUGGGUUCUUCUCCUGCGGGCUACUGAUGCUCGUGACCUGGAGCGACCGACUUGGCUUCGCGCUCCUCUCGUGCACCUUGCACCGGAGCGCCCUCCCGCCCGAGCUGAGUGUAUAGGCGAGACGCACUUCUCGGCCCCGCGCGCAGCGACGAGAGAAUUCGCAGUCGGCGGUGUCGCUUGGACACCGCGACAUCGCAGAGCUAGCGGGACGCGCCUCGUGUCGAGUGUCCCGAGACUUUUAACCGUUCCGCUGAGAGGGGUGUUCCUGUGUGUGUUUUAAAGAGACGCAACACUCGACCCGCCUGAGAGUUGACUUCGUGGCGGGUCCCUCGGUUCCGCUGACCCAUCGGUGCCACACGUGUUGCGGGCGAUCGUCGUUUUUUUAUUAUUUACUGAAACACACCUCGGACGGGUCCUGCUCCGUCCGCGUGAGGAGCGACAAACCGCGGCAGCACGGCGAGGUUCCAGAUGAUCGCACUGCUGGCUAUGGGCAGCAGCAACCUCCAGAGCUUAUUUCACCGCCUGCGCCAUCGCAGCGUGGAGUACGCGGUCAGCAUGAAGCAAUCCGAAGAGAACUGCGCCAAGGAGAACCCUUUGUUCAAGGCCGUUAAGCAGAACGACAUGGAGAUGCUGGAGGUGCUGCUCGCUGCCAAAGAUGUUGAUCCACUCAUCACAGGAGGAUCACGUGAAGGUUGCCGUCUCCUUCCCGCCAUAAGCGAGGACUUGCCGGGAUUAUCGAGACUCGGCGAGAAUUUCCCGGGCCCUGACGGCGAGACGCUGCUGCACGUGGCGCUGCUGUUCCGCCACCGCACGCUUGCUCUGAGGCUGCUGGACGCCGUUCCGGCCAUCAUCAACAUUCCCAUGACCUGCGAGCUUUACCGCGGGGAAACGGCCAUCCACAUCGCCAUCGCCAACGAGAACGUGGUGAUGGUGAAGGAGCUGCUGCACCGCGGAGCCGACAUCACCGCGCGGGCCUGCGGUUCCUUCUUCCUGCCCGGCAAGCGCUGCCAGUGCUACUACGGCGAGUACACGCUGUCAUUCGCGGCCUGCACAGGGAACGAGAUGAUCGUCAAGCUGCUCAUGGACCACGGAGCCUCCCUCAUCACGCAGGACUCCCUCGGCAACACGGUGCUGCACGUGCUGGUGCUGCACCCCGACCGGGUGCUCGCCGUGCACAUGUACGACUUUCUCAUCUCGCUGGUGCACGAGGGCCAGCGGCGCUCGCUCGAGGCCAUCCAGAACGCCCAAGGGUUCUCUCCGCUCAAGCUCGCGGCCGCCGAGGGGAAUCUGGCCAUGUUCAACCACCUCAUGCAGAAGAGGAAAAACAUCUACUGGAACUGCGGCCCCGUCAGAUCAGCCAUUUACGACCUCACGGACAUCGACACGUGGGGAGACAAAAACUCGAUCUUGGAAAUUAUCACCUCCAGCAAAAACAAAGAGGCUCGCAACCUGAUCGGGAUGACGCCCAUCAAAGAGCUCCUCCACCACAAGUGGAAAGUGUACGGUUUCAAGUACUUCCUCAUCUGGACCGUUCUCUACAUCUUCUACAUCCUCAUCUUCACCGUCUGCUGCAUCAUGCGUCCUCUACAGCACGUGAACAGGCUCGACAACGCCACCAUAAUGGGUUCCAAGCAAAUAAGGGAUUCCUACGAGAGCGAAUGGGACUAUGUUCGUCUCAUGGGGGAGAUCAUCACGGUGCUGGGAGCCAUCGCCAUCUUCAUUACAGAGAUCCUCUACCUGAUGAAAAACGGCCCGAAAAAAUACUUUGGGAAUACGGUGACAGGAGGGCCCUUCCACGCAAUCAUGAUGUGCUACAGUGUCCUGGUGCUGGUGAUCGUGGUGCUGCGGGUGCUAACCAACGACGUGGAGGUGAUCUUCAUGUCGAUUGCGCUCAUUCUGGGCUGGUGCAACAUCAUGUACUUUGCCCGCGGCUUCUCCAUGCUGGGCCCCUUCACCAUCAUGAUCCAGAAGAUGCUCUUCGGCGAUCUCCUUCGCUUCAUCAUGUUCCUCAUCAUCGUCCUGCUGGGAUUCUCCGCCGGUUUCCAUGUGGCCUUUGACUCCCUCGACUCAAACAUCUUCAUCUACUUUCGCAACUACCCGACGACGCUCUUCACGCUCAGCCAGCUCAUGAUGGGCCUCAAGGACCUGCCCAUCCCCAACAACAUGAACCUCCCCGCCAUCAUCAUCGUGCUCUACCUGGCCUACAUGGUGUUCGCGUACCUGCUGCUGCUCAACCUGCUCAUCGCCAUGAUGGGCGACACGCACUUCCGCGUCGCCAACGAGCGCGUGGAGCUGUGGAAGGCACAGAUCGCUGCCACGACGGUGCUGCUGGAGUCUCGGGUGCCACGGUGGCUGUGGAUGCGAUCGGGGAUACCAGGCCGGGAGCUGGGUCUGGACGGGGAUCGGUGGUACAUCCGGAUUGAGGAGAGGAACGAAAUGUCGCCCAAGAGGCAUUUCGCGCGGAACGACGACGGGAGAGACGAGUGUCCGGCCAAGCGCAGGAUGUCGUCGACGACCAAGAACUGGAACAUCGUGCACAAGAACUUCGCCAACAAGUUCAGCCAGCUUCACAAAAUGCAAAACCAGCCGGCUGUGGCCAAGUACAGUGGGAGCAUGGACUAGAUCGGCCGGGAUGCAGGUCCCCAGCAGCCGCACCCCCCCUUCCCCCCGUUGGGUAUCACUCCACGUGCUGUAUUGCCACCGCUCAGUGGCGCAGCUCAAGAAAGUAGUUCAUCAUCAAUCGCUCAGAAACUGAGUUAUAACGACGGUGUGCGUUCCCCGCUAUAACGACGGUGUACGUUCCCCGUUAUUACAAUGGUGUACGUUCCCCGUUAUUACAAUGGUGUGUGUUCCCCAUUAUAACGACGGAUAUGUUCCACAUUAUAACGACAGGCACAUUCCCCGUUAUAACGACAGGUGCGUCCUCCAUUAUAACAACGGUGUGCAGUUCUCCAUUUCACGAUGAAAGGAACCGCGUCAUCGCGAAAACGCAUGAUAGUAUGAACACCGCCACGCAUAACGCGAGGACUUACUGCAGUUUCCCUGGGUUACACGUCUGGCUUGGUAGGGGGACAGGCGGCAGCAUUUCGCUUCAAACACUGCGUCUCGGGCGCUAACGUAUCGCUCGUUACCUCUCGGCUGCGCUUCACUUUCCACCCGUUUGCAAUCCUGUUUUGUGUUAAGUAACAUUUUUUUUUUACCAUUUUGCAUUAAGUUGCAUAUUAUAAAAAUGUUUAGUCCAUCAUCACACCAUAGACGAUUUAUUAUGACUCUGUUGGAAGUCUACAGUGGUUGUUCUCUGGAUAGACCGGUCUCCAACCACGGGAAUGUGGAAUUCCCACCAGUGAUUCAGAGCCACAAAUGGAGACGAAUGCCACCCCAAUGCUCCUUGAAGAGUGAAACUACUUUUGACUUUGUCACAAAACUUAUCUUGGUGCCUCCAAAGGAAUUCCAAGUUACAGCCCUUUGUGAAUCCACUGCUGGUAGGCCGAACUUCCAAUGCAGUGUCUGUCAUGGGGGUUUUUGACCAUACUUCACCAUGCCGGUCAGUGCUGGUUGGUAAAUUGGUGGGGGUGGGGGCGUUAAAAGACCAGAUCAGUUAUCACUCGCCGUGGAGGUCAGUCGUGACCUGGAGUAGAACUUGGAUUUCCUGGGUUCGUAGUGCAGUGAACUGCUCCCCGCUGCAUGGUUCUGAUAUUAUUUAAACCAGAUCCCAAGUUAAACUUGUAAUACCUUUAUAUGAAAAAUGCUUGCAAUUUUUUGUUGUUGAGAGACACUUUAAAUAUGUGGUUGUGAUAAGCUUACUAUUUCUAACUUUUUUUGUAAUUUAAGAUUUUAAUGAAAUAAUGCAAUAUUUAAAUGCAACAUAUUCGAAAUAAAAUCGCAAAUUAUGAAGUCAUACUUUUUCACAUAGGAAAUCGGAUAGCAACAUCAAGACAACAGAAUUAGAAUAUUUAUUCAUACUCGAGGACUCCGAUGAGCUCUUUUUUCAGACGUCCAACCUCACUGCUCUUGCGCUUAAGGUACUUACUGAGCAAAACGUUUACUGUCCAUCAUGGAACUCACACAGGCAGCUGAUGAACUCGCCACUGAUGUUAACAGGAGGCAGAAUUCAGACUCGAGUUUCUGGGUUCAUCGCACGGCGCCCUAAACCACCACUGACUGCUGCACCCCAGCAAGGCUAAUACAAUUCAAAAACACAACGUACGGUCCUCAAGGAAUCGUCUCGUUGUUGCGUAUUCCGCUGCGCUGGGUUCCCAACGAUUAACCAGGGCGGCAGACACAGGGUGUCGUAGUGGUGAACACUCAUCGCCUCAGAGCGACAAGCACAUGGGUUCGAGUCUCAACUCGGGCGCCUCUCUGCGUGGCGUUUCUGUCUCUCCCCCUGCUCUGCGUGGGUUUCCUCUGCUGAGUUUUCCAGUUUCCUCCCAUAGCAAAAAAAUAGAAAAAAGUACACACAAUUUGUCACCGGUAUUGGCCAAAUAUUCUAAGGCUGAAAUAUUACCGGAAAAUGGCUCGAUUGGAGUUACAGCAACGUCGCUGGCCUGCUGCGGAACCUUGGCAGGACCCUGACAGAUGCAAGAGCCUUGAGACUCGGCAAGAGUUUCCUGGGAAAACAAGCGGAGUGGUCCCUCAGGUUACGAUGCCAUUGAUUAACGAUGUUUUGAUUAUUGAUCUGCCUCCCAUAGGGUGCCCCCAUUGUUUCUAUUAACGAUACAUUUUCGAUUAACGAUAUGUUUACGAUAUCACGCGGUUCCUUCCAGUUUCGGCCAAUCGGAACGCUCCUAAGUGGAAUAGGCAGCAGACCUCAGCCAAUCAGCGACCUGCCCUUUUAUGAGCGUUUUGAUAGCAACUGGCUGCUAGCUUUUCAAUAUUUUACGUGCGUUGCUUAUGGAAACAGCUCUCUUAAAUACUGAGUGUUUUUUUACUGAAAUGACAAGGAAGUGAAGAAAACAAUUAGUGUGCAAAUUAAGCAGGAAAUUAUUGAAAAUCACGAAAAUGCUCUCGAUUCACGAUAAUUUCACUUAAGGAUGAUUUUCGUGGAACCAAUAUCGUUAACUGAGUCACCCCACUGUACUCAGAAAAAUACUCAAUUAAAUAAGCAAUAGCUCUGGAUCACGUGCUGUCGUGACGACUGGAAAUGCUACGAUUGCCACUUUUGUUAACUCUUUGCAUGCAUGAAAAUGAAUGUUACACGUGGUUUCUACACAAUAAACAAUAGACAUGUUGGGAAGAAACGUUUA